ACCAUCCAAUCUGAAUCCCCAAUUCCAAACUGCUAAAUCACAACCAUGCCCGCCAUUGCCCGAUCCAACGGGGACUCCACACCCCAGAAGCGUAGGUUGAGAUCAGACGCAGCGGCGGCGCAGGAGAGCCCUAUCUCUACGACGGUCAGUUGGAAAUCGCCUCGCCGAUGCAUCACUGCGAGCCCAAACAGUCCCUCAAAUGGAACUGAGAGAGAUUCCAGUGAAAAUCCUAAGAAAUCGCCGGUGAAGAAAUUGUCCGAUAGAUUUAUUUCUAAACCAAAAUGGAAUCCUAGAGAUGCUGAGCAGAUGAGGGCAGUGAAGGAGGCAUUGCACGUCUCGACGGCGCCGUCUACGGUUGUGUGCCGUGAGGAGGAGCAGAAGAGGGUCUUGGAGUUCUGCAAGGCAUGUGUGGAGCAAGAGAAGGCCGGGAGUUUAUACGUGUGCGGGUGUCCGGGGACCGGGAAAUCGUUGUCGAUGGAGAAAGUGAAACUGCUUUUGGUUGAUUGGGCAAAAGAGGCAGGUCAUCAGCAGCCGGAUGUGUUGAGUAUAAAUUGUACUUCUCUUACAAAAACACCGGAUAUUUUCAGCAAGAUACUUAGUAAAGCGCAACCUCGAAAGAAAGUUAAUGGGUCGGCUACUUCGGCCUUGCAACAUCUCCAGAGCUUUUAUUCUCAAAAGCCGCAGUCUUCUGGCAUGAAGAUGAUGAUGGUAAUCGCUGAUGAGUUGGACUAUUUAAUUACGAAAGACAGGGCUGUGCUUCAUGAUCUUUUCAUGCUUACAACCUUCCCUUUCUCUAGAUGUAUAUUGAUAGGAAUAGCUAAUGCCAUAGACCUAGCAGAUCGUUUUCUUCCAAGACUACAGUCAUUAAAUUGCAAACCUAUUGUAGUAACUUUUCGGGCAUACUAUAGAGAUCAGAUCCUCAAGAUACUUCAGGAAAGGCUAAUGGCACUUCCUUACGCUGUCUUUCAACUGCAAGCAUUGGAACUCUGUGCCAGAAAAGUUGCUGCUGCAUCUGGAGAUAUGAGGAAAGCUCUCUGUGUUUGCAGGAGUGCAAUUGAGGUGCUAGAAGCAGAGCUUAGAGAAUCUGGCAGCAACUUCAAUUCGUCAACAGUAGAGAAAUCAUUCUUUGAACAGCAGAUACCUACAGUUCCUGAUAUUUUGAAAAAACAAGAAAUAGACGUUGUGAGGCUUGAUCAUAUGGCCGUUGCUUUGUCAAAGACUUAUAAAUCACCAAUAGUGGAUACUAUUCAAUCUCUCCCACAACAUCAACAGAUUGCACUUUGCUCUGCUGUCAAACUUUUCCGUGGGGGAAAGAAGGAUGCAACUGUAGGGGAGCUGAAUAAAUCCUAUAUGGAUAUCUGCAAAACAUCACUAAUCCCCCCUGUAGGGAGCUUGGAACUUUCAAGUAUAUGCAGAGUGCUAAAUGACCAGGGGCUUCUCAAACUAGGUCAGUCUCGUGAAGAUAAAUCGAGAAGAGUGACAUUAAGAGUGGAUGAAGCAGACAUCACUUUCGCAUUGCAGGGAAUCCGUUUCUUCCGCAACUGUCUUCAAUAAUUCUUCUCAAAGCAUACAGACUCAUGAUUCUUCUUAAGCUUGUUAAUGGUGGUUUCCCUUUUCCCAUUUCACCCACUCCAAAUAUGAAGAUUUCAAAGCUUAGCAAGCAUGAUGGGAAAAGUUGGGAUAUGUUGACUGAAACCUAGAGGAAAUGUGGCCUCAACUGCACAUUUGUCAAUUUUCAGCAGAGUUGAACAUUGCCUAAAAAAAUGAUAAGAAAAAAUGUUAAAAAAAAAAAAAAAAAAUUCAAUACAUUGAUUUAUACAUCACAUUUAACUUAACUGUUGCUUUUACCAGCUGUAUCACAUUCUUCUUCAUAAAGAAGUCAUUACAAACUAGAUAAGACUAUCAGUUGUUAAGAUGAUGAUAAUUUGCUUGAAAAUGGAAGGUGGAGAUAAUUGUAUGA